AUGCUCGCGUUUCGUCGUGCUCGCGUGUCGUCGUCGUGCUCACGUGUCCUCGUCGUCGCCGUCCUCAUGUGCCGUGCAUGGGUGGUUGCUGGCGUCGUGCCUGUCGUGGUGAGAACGGAGGAACGGGGUGGUGGGGCAUACGUACCCCUUGCCCAUGACGUUGCCACGUCAUGGGCGUUGUCCCUCGUCCUUGGUCCAUCGUUCCGCGCUGGGGGUGUCGUUGUCGUUAGCGUGGGCGUCGUGGAAAGGGAUGGUCACGGCAGUGUGACCAUCCCACAAACAGGCGACGUGACGAUAUGGCACACCCUCAAUCCACUGGACUGGGACUGGACUCAGGAAAGUGGCUGGCAGUCCAGUGGGAGUCCAGUGGACUGGACUGGACUGGACUGGACUGGACUCCAGUGGACUGGGCAUUCUGCCAGCCAAUCUGGCCUGGUAAGAGGGCCACUGGAAUCCACUGGAAUCCACUGGAGUCCACUGGAGUCCACUGGAGUCCAUAUGGAUUACGUGGGGGAGGGUAAAGACCUCCCUCUCGUUCUGCGUCAGCCAUCUCCCUCCCUCGCCCAACCACUCGUUCCCCCCGCCCCCGUUUCUACCGAACCAUCUCUUGCCUUAGCGUUGCAGCCAAUCGUCACCUCAACUCCCACACCGUCGCUUCCAGAUCCAAAGUGGCCGGAGUGGUUUCUGAGAGGCUACAAGCUUCUAUCGGCACAAGAUCUUGGCCUGGCAUUCACAAAAACCAUCAAGCUGUAUGUGGAGUUGGAGGCUUGCAGCAACUUCGACGUCGGAGGCAUCCAUAUGGGAUUUAAGAAAACAAGUCGGCCCUCACAGGUGGAUUGGUGGGUCGGCCGUGGCCGUAGCAAGGCACCCCUUAUCCAGGAUGUCGCAUCUUUCAAAAGGAGCUGGUGGACAUGGUGGAAGGUUCUUCAGCCGAGUUGGCACAACGCUGCGGGAGUAGAUGGCCGUUUAGGUAGUUCCCAUCGUACUGUCCUCACAGGAGAUGAGGGGUGGUCAGUAAUGGACAAACAUGGCCAGAACGUGUUUCUGACCAUGCUCGCGACCCUCGUCUGGUGGAAUUCCGGUCUCCUGGACAAGGGGAAAGAGGGGGUCAAUGACCCAGGUUGGAUAGCUGCUGUGGAGGAUGUGCAGUGGGUCUUGUCCCAGGUUCUGGGUUGGAAAGCGACACUUGCUCCCCAAGUCACCUCAACUGCCAAGUCAACCAAGCAGACGAUGACUGCGAAAAAGCACAAGCGCUAA